AUGGAUCAUACAUGGAGAAACAGGAAAAGAAAAAAUUGUCUUAAGUGUGGGGAGGAAUAUUCGAGAAGACAUUUAAAGAGACACUGCUGUACAGCAUUAAAACAACAGACGUCCAGUGAUAAACAGGAAGAGGGGAGUUAUUCAGCAUGCAUCGCGGGUGGUAAGGUUGAACCAAAAGAAUCACUACUAAACACAGCGCUUUCCGAAGAAAGCAUCCAAGAUUCAGAAACCGAGGAGACCAAUGAUCUUGGAUGUGAAGGUCCUUCUUUGUCUACAUCUGAUGACAGUGAAGAGGAGUUAUGGGAUUUUGAUUUAAGUGCCCAUUUCAAAGAAGAUGUUGAUGAUCAUGUUGAGCGAGAUAGAACAGAUAUGUUGAUUGCUUCACUUUUGAAAGUAUUGUUACGUUGGCAGUUGUUGUUUUAUGUCUCAGAUCUUGCCUUUUCAUAUUUGCUCUUGCUUUUCAAAUCAGUAUUAUAUUUAGUUUCAUCUACUUCUGAAAAUAUUCAAAAAUUGUACAAAAAGUUUCCUUCAAAUUUAUACCAAUUGCAUAAGAUUAUCUCUUUUGAAAAAGAUAUCUUUUUAAAGAAAGUAGUGUGUCCAAAAUGCUAUGCAUUAUAUGAUAUUCCCGACUGUUCAGAUGAGGUUGAAGGCAUGCAAAUUUCCAAAAAGUACAGUAAUGUUGUAUCCCCUAAUCAUGCACUUGCACAUUUUCGUAGACCUUGUGGGGAAAUACUUUUAAAAACUGUUUUAACUAAUAGUAAAACAAACCUUGUCCCAAAGAAAACUUUCUGCUAUCAAAGCAUUAAGGAUAGUUUACAAACUUUAGUGAAUAGAGACGGGUUUGAGGAUCUUUGCGAAUUAUGGCGCACUAGAAAUGUUCCAGAUUACAUACUUAUGGAUGUUUUUGAUGGUGAUUUGUGGAACGAUUUUAAUGGGGGGGGGGGGGGGGGGGGAGGGAAUACAACUUUUUUUACUGCUGAACGUAAUUAUGGUAUUAUGUUGAAUGUUGACUGGUUCCAACCAUUUAAAAACACAAACUAUUCCGUUGGCGCAAUCUAUCUAACAAUAUUGAACUUGCCAAGAUCGCAAAGAUUUAAAAAAGAAAAUAUUAUCUUGGUUGGCCUUAUUCCAGAUAUGAAAGUUGAACCUCCAACAAACACUUUUAUUGAGCCUUUUGUAGAGUAA